AUGCGACAUGCGGAAUUACAAUCAAAUGAUCAACUUGUACUCAAUGAUCUAAAAUCGGAGAAAAUUAAGAAAGCAUCAAAAAAACGUCGUUGUUAUUGCUGUCAAUUAUGUUUCCUACUUUUAAAGUUUACUGGUAUAUUAUGUUAUAUAUUUUGUUGUCCACCAAUACCAGAAAUGGUUGUUCGAAAAUUAGCAUUUCAUCCACUAAAAAGAGGAAAAACAUAUGUAUUAUCUGGAAAAGAUAUACAUGGCAAUUUUAUAUUAAUUAAUAAUGCUAAAAAGGCGUUAAAAUUUACAUCAUUAAAAUUUGAAAUGCAAAAUCUCAUUGAUGGAUCAUCAAUUUUAAUGGAAGGUAUUGAAACUUCAAUAAUUAAAACAAGACGUGGCUCACAUUUACCGAUUUUAAUGAUUAGCAGUAAUUUAUCAAAUGAUGAAUCUAAACAUUUGGUAGUAUUAUUUUCACAACCAAAUAGCUCUGAUUUAGGAUGUUAUUUUCACCCACGUGGAUUAAAUUUUAGGGAUAUUUCUAAACUAUUAAAAACUAUCGUGUAUGCUUAUGAUUAUUCCGGAUACGGUAUUAGCACCGGUAGUCCAUCCGAAAAAAAUAUUUACGCUGACAUUGAAGCUGCUUAUAAACAUAUUUCUGAAUCACAAGGACCAAAUGUUCGAAUUGCAUUACUUGGCUAUAGUAUUGGGACAGUACCAACAAUUUAUAUGGCUUCAAAACAUCCGCCAAAUCUUUGUGGAAUAGUACUAAUUGCGCCACUUGCAUCUGGCUUAAGACUGUAUACAAAAGUUAAUCGAACAUGUUGUAUGGAUCGAUUUUUAAGUUACGAUAGAGCACCAAAUGUUAAUGUUCCUGUACUAAUAUGCCAUGGUUGCAUGGAUAAUAUUAUACCUAAAAAUCACAGUGAAAUAUUAAUGAAACGAUUUCCUCGUGCUGUGCCACCAUUUUAUGUGGAUGAAGCAAAUCAUUUAACGAUUUUUUCAAAACAAAGAUACGGUGGCGGAUGUAUGAAUGUCAUGAUGACCGAAGUGCCAUGUCAACAGCGCUUCAGACAAUGGAGCCUCUAUCCGAACUAUCAGUUGGAAAAUUACAAUACAAGACCGUAUAUUGGAAUAAUGCCGCAUGUGUUUAUGCCAUAUGAUCGUAGUGAUAGAAUGUUACGUCAGAAUACCGGAAUUCCGGUAGAUUUCCUGAAUCAUGGCAUUUUGUUAAAUAAUGCUGAAGUAGCACCAAUGGAUGGCAACGGUCUAACACCAAAAUUAUUAGGAGCUAAUAUUCUGAAUGAUAAGAAUAGAUUUGUGCCUAAUGGAUGUUCCUAUGAUACAAAUGAUCAUAAAUGUAUCGACAGUUUAAAUCUUUGCAAGGGAAAAUGCAAAAAUUUUGGUAAUAAUUUAACUCAUGAUUGUCGAUGUGUACCGGAAGAUUUGUUAACUCUUUUAGGCUUAGCUAAAAUUCAGUAA